CCGUGAAGUUAGCCCAUGCGGGGCGCUACCCCCACCCCGCCGAAAUCCUGGCCGUGCAGCCGGAUCGACGGUCCAGAUUCUUGCGCGCAUGCUAUAAAAGGCGGAGAUCUCGGUGCCGGUGGAAAAAAAAAACCCUAAAACAUUCUACUCCUGUAUCCCAGCCGCCACAAACAGCCAGCCGGCCGCCAGGAUUUCUCCUUGCGUUCCUGCAUGGCUGCAUGGCCACUAACAGACUGCCGGCCGCCAGGAGCUAUCCAUGCAUUUCUGCAUGGGCCUCAUGGCCGAGCUAUGCUCAAGUGCCGCCUCUGGUUUCCCUUUUUUUUUUUUUUAAUUUUCUUCUCCCCAGCCGCUGCUCCACUCGGCCGCCAGGGAGCAUCACGCUUGUUUCUUUCUCUGAUUCUUUGUCUGAGCAGCCGCUAGAGCACAGAGCUACUGGCCGAACGUGCCCGAGUACGGCCGUUCCUGCGCGUUGCAUGCUCCUAUCUCUCUCUUUUUUUUUUCUUUCUUUCACUGUUUACUGAUUUUGGAGAUUACUAACGCACGGUUGGCUUCAAUGCACCGGAGAUGGCCGGCCUGAGCCGCCUCGCAUCCCCAUCCCGCCGACGUGCGCGUCCCUUCGGGUGGGCGCGCCGUCGUCGGAUGGGUGCUGCGCGGUGGUCGAGGCCCAGUCCGACGAGUUAAGAACUGCGGCACUGUUAGCCGUCGUCUGCGAACCUCUCUCUCCCCAGGAUCUAUCCUCAACUCGAUCCCUCAAGUGAUUUUGUAACGGGAUCGAGUUUUGGAGGUAAAGAAUCAUAGAUCUGGGUCCCGCGAUAUUUCUGUUAUUUUCUGUGAUGAUUUUAGUGCAUCUGUACACUUUUGAUUCACGUGGUUUUUGAAAAAAAUUAGGGUUCUAACCCUAGCUUCGUUCUGUACGACUUUUUUCUGAUCUGUUCUUGACCGUUUAUUAAAAAAAAUCACGAGUACCUGUUUACAGGUGUACCGAUUAGGGUUAGGUCAUAAAUCCUAACCCUAGACAGUUAUGUGACCUCUCUCUGGUUUGAGGCUGAGACACACUGUGUCUCUUACAGUGGUCAAACCUAAAUCUCUAGGGUUAGGGAAAACCCUAACCUGAGAGCAUCGACUUCUUUCUGUUCUAUUAUCUCUCUGAUCUCGGUGAUGAACAAUAAUAAAAAAAAAUAAGCUCAAUCACAUUAAUCGAGACCUUUCUGUGAUCUCAUAAAACUGAUGUGGAUUAGGAGUUCUAGGGUUCUUAGGAUGCCUCUGAUACCAUUGUUAGAAUCUAUGCUGUCUAGGAUCGAUUCCUAAGUCCCUAGAAUACAAAUCCGUAACUGAAAGUAAAACCUUGAUGACGUGUAGAUCUGAUCUACUGAUCUACUGAGAGGAACGGGGAAACA